AUGUUUGGACAAUCACAAGCAACAACCUCGGGUGGUUUGUUCGUCCAGACGCAGCCGCAACAAGCUCAGACAACAGCCCAAGUAGUACCUGCCGUCCAAAUCAACUAUGACAAUCUUCGGCCGCGUACGAGAUUUGAAGAACUUGCCAAACCCGUGCAAGACGAGAUCGCUCUCAUAGACAAGGGCAUCCAGCGCGUCAUCAAAAUGAAGGACGAGAUUGGAGAGUUUAUGCCUCAGCAUAGGAGAGACAUUGAGCAGCUUGGGAGGGACGUCAAGUUUGUCGAAUCCAAAUUCAGGACGGCUCAAGCUGCUUUGAACGGAGACAUCCAAACAGUCAAAGUCCUGCAAGGCAUGACAAAGAAGAAUAUUUCAGACGCCCAGCUUUCUUUUAAGGCUACCGACAACCUGAAACUGCCGACACACUACCAUCAAACAGGACUUUUUGCAGGCCCGGCGCAAUCCACCGAUCCCGAUGCCAACGAUGCUUCUGCAGCUCAUGCCAACGCGCAAGACCUCAUCACUUAUUUCAACCGUGUCUGCGACGAUGUCGAGAAGCACAAGAAACGGCUGGACGAUUACAGGGCCGAGAUUGAAAGAGAUAUGCCAGGGGUCGAGAACGGACUGUAUGAGCAAAUCAGGAACCUGCGGGACCGUAACGCCGCCUCGGCGGGCGCUGUGCAAGAUCAGCUCGGGCAAAUCUUGUCCGCACUCAGAGAAAUGGGGAAUGCCAUUAUUGCUCAAGCUGGCCAGAUUGCCGACACUCGCGAGCGGUUGUCAAGAUUGCAAGUAGGGAUUCUUGACAGUGACGCGUACGCUACGGGAAUGACAGGUUGA